AUGGAGGCGGCGGCUCCCGAGGGCGCCGAGCCGGGCACGGCGGCGGCCGCGGCGCCGAGGAGCCCGUGGUGUCCCUGGCGGAGGGGCAGCGCGGUGAAGCGGCAGGCGCUGAACGCCUGCAGCACCUGCACGCCGCGCGCGGAGCCGGCGGGGAUCUGCCUGGCCUGCAGCUACGAGUGCCACGGCACGCACCGGCUCUUCGAGCUGUACACGAAGAGGAAUUUCCGCUGUGACUGUGGGAAUAGCAAGUUCAAGAAUCUGCAGUGCAAGUUAUUCCCGGAAAAGGGCAAGGUGAAUGCAGGAAAUAAAUAUAAUGACAAUUUCUACGGAUUAUACUGUACUUGUAAAAGACCUUAUCCUGAUCCUGAAGAUGAGAUUCCAGAUGAGAUGAUCCAAUGCAUAGUUUGUGAAGACUGGUUCCAUGGAAGGCAUCUUGGUGCCGUUCCCCCUGAAAGUGGAGACUUCCAUGAAAUGGUGUGCCAGGCCUGCAUGAAGCAUUGCCAUUUCCUAUGGGCUUAUGCAUCGCAAUUAGCAGUUCCUCCUUUGACCAAAGUGAACUCUCUUGAAGAUGAAGGGAUUGUCCUGAAGAUUGAGGAAAGUGAAGAGCAGAAAAAAGAAAUAAAAAAAGAAAGUGGAGUGGAACACCAAGACACAAAGGAGGAAAAGCAAACGGAACAGUUCAAUGAACCAUCCACCAGCUCUGGGUCUGCCUGUCCUGAGGUAGUUACUAAGAGUGAGGAACCAGUCUGCAAGCUGAAGGAGCUCCAAAGCAAGCCAUUCUUGAAAAAAGAUACUGCUACCUUUUGGCCAUCGAACUGGAGGAGCAAAUUAUGCACCUGUGAAGACUGUUUGAAAAUGUAUUCAGACCUUGAAGUCCAGUUCCUGACAGACGAAUGUGACACUGUCUUGGCUUACGAAAACAAAGGUACCAGUGACCAAGAGACGGAGAGAAGAGAUCCUUUAAUGGACACCCUUAACAGCAUGAACAGAGUUCAGCAAGUGGAACUCAUCUGCGAAUACAAUGAUUUAAAGACGGAACUGACAGACUAUCUCAGGAGGUUUGCAGAUGAGGGAACGGUGGUUAAAAGAGAAGACAUUCAGCACUUCUUUGAAGAGUUUCAGUCACGGAAAAGGCGACGGACUAACAGGAUGCAGUACUACUGUAGUUAGACUGAGAGGGUUUGGGUCUGAAAGGACCACUGGGAAAACAAUAUUCACUGGCAAACAGAAGAGGCAUCUUCAGUAUCUCAGUAUAUCAGCUUCUCAUCAAAAUCCAGCUGUCCAAGAAACAUCUUCAUUUUGUCUCCUACUUUAUUUGUAGCAACUAAAACAUGUUCUUAAAAGGUUCUUACCAUUGCAGUUAGAGGGAUUUUGGUACCGAUCGACUUUGCAUUCCCCCAAAAGCCAGCCUUGUCUCCAGGGAGAGUUGGCUUGUUACCAGAACAGUGUGUCACUGUUUGUUCCCUGUAGCCUUUCACCCUUUAGCCUCCUGUCAGUGCCUAGAGCUGUAGGCUGUGCUAAACCCACGUGGGCUCUGCCUGCCCUGCCCUCCCCUCUCUGCAGUGCAGGCAACGAGCUCCUUGCUUUCCUGCUGUAAAUGGCUCUGUCUCGCCCUUUGGGGUGCAGCAAUUCUGGCCAGGGCUUCCUGCACCCAGGAGGUGUCUGUUCCUGUGCAGGGCUCGUGGCUCCUCAGUGGCUGGAGCGGGCAGAGUUGUGGCUGUGGGUGACCCACGGGUCCCUCCAGGGCAGCCAAACCACGUGUCACUGCUGCCUGCUCGCUCACUGCUGGGGAAGCGCUCCCUGGGCAGGUCAGAAAUGGGGAAUCAGAGGUUAGGCUUGAUGCAACAGAAUGUUCUAUCUGGUUUUAUACAUU